AUGGUCACAAACAGAGUUAAAGGCGAAAACAACAACGUGGUCGACCGACUUAGAAAAGUACUAGUAAAGGACGUGGACAUGGACGUGGACAUGGACGAGCACCCAUACAGCAUAAUCUGCAGCACGGGACUCGCCCUACAAGCCACAGACGAAGGGAAGGAUCACCAAAGGCUGAGUCCUCUCAUUGAACGCGCCCUGGACGCCUGGUGGUUCAAGAACGGGGCCAAUCGGUUCUGCGUACCGCAUCGGCUGAGGAAAACGCUCUCCGAUGGGCUGCACUUUCAGAGCGGCGGGCACCGGGGGGUCUGCAUGCGAAGACAACUGCAAGCCCAGUACUUCUGGGCAAACCUUUGUCGCGACAUCAAGCAGUGGACAAGAGAAUGUUUGCUCUGCAUACAGCUUACUUAA